AUCAAUGCCAGCUAAACCGUAUAAAUACUGGGUGACGACUUCAGUCGCUCUCAGAGACACACAUAAGGAUCACUGAGGUGUCCUUUUUUCUGGUCAUCAUGAAGAUCUUUGCAGUAAUCCUUGCAUUGGCAGUUUUUUCAGGCUGCCAUGCCAGAAACGUGCCUCAGAUCGACUGGAAGAACCCCUGGGAAAUCACCGUCGACAACUUUAAGGAUUAUUUAACGGAUCUGAGCUCGAGGGCAGAUGAGGUGGUGGGGGACAUCAAGCGCUCCCACAUCAGCAGAGAACUGGACACCCUGAUCCAGGACAGCAUGUCUGAGCUGGCCAUGUACAGGGACGACAUACAGACCAAGCUGGCUCCCUACACUCACGAGGCUAAGGAGCGUCUGGGCAAAGACCUGCAGCAGCUGGCCGACAAACUCAGCGACCACAUGAGCGAGGGCCGGGAGCAGACGGAGAAGUACGCCCAGGAGCUGCAGACCAUGAUGGAGCAGAACGUCGGCGACGUCAGGGUCAGGGUCUCCGCCUACACCCGCAAGCUGAAGAAACGCCUCAACAAGGACACACAGGAGAUCAAGAGACAUGUUGCCGACUACUUUGAGGAGCUUCAGUCCCGUACCUCAGACAACAUGGUGGAAAUGAGGACGCGUCUCGACCCUUAUUUUGCCCAGGUGCGAGACAACGUGCAGGCGAAGAUCACCACCCUGAACGACCUGCUGAAGUCACAGGUAGAGAACGUGAAGGAAAAAAUUCAGACCACGGCUGACGACAUCAAGGAGAAAUUUGAGAAAACGGCCACAGACAUGCGAUCCACCCUGGAGGAGAAGAUGGAGGAGGUGCGCAACUGGUUUCAGCCUUUUGUCUCCAUGGUCAGUACCAACCUCUAAACCCUGUAAUCAAACAGCCUGGACUGACAGUUUUAUCCACCGCUCCCUGUCUCUAAAACCACCUGUAAAGAGUUUAAAAGGAUUAGUAAAUUAAGGAUCUCACCAUUGAAAAGGAAACUCUUUGUUUUAUCACAAAUGUCCACCAGUCUAAGUGUGUCUCUCUGUCACUCAAAGCUCUUUAAUAAAAACCAGCUGCUCACAUGUGUGUAGAAAAUCAUUGGUCAUCAGCAAUGUGUUUUAAACUGUGCACAUUCACACCCUCGUCUCAAAGUCUUCUUGCCUAAAAUGUGGGCACUGUUUGCAGAUAUUAAAUGAUUAAAGUCCAGCAGGUGUCAAAUUUGAAAAUUUCACACUUUGGGGGAGGAAUGCGCUGAGAGCAACAUAUAUGGUACAGUGUAAUAAUUAAAAAAACAUAACAUAAAAUUUAACGUGAAAAUUCAACACACAGAAAAGUCAUUAUGAUAAUGUCCGUUUUUACUGAAAAAACUAUAAUAUUACAAAAGAUUUUCACAGAUCAAUAUAAAUUCACAGGAGUGUAAUUGACACUGGUCAGCUUUACUGUGAUGAUCACACAGCUGCACACAUUGAUGGAAAUUGAGAGCAUAUUAAAUUAUUAAAUAGAAGAAGUAGAUCGGGUUUUUUUUUUUUU